CGGCCAGUGGCCUUAUCAGAAACCGAAAGAGAGAAUGAUUUUCUUUGUAUCUAUAAUGAUACUUGCAGCCUCUUCACUCUUUCUACAGGCGGCAAGAUUUGGCACAUGCGAAAACGCGCAGUGUAUCUACGAAACUUUACCAAUAUAUAUGUUGGCGGUGAUAAUUGUAUUGAAAAUUUUCACAUAUCAUUUUAACAGCCGGAAAGUAUGUUUUAUUAGUAUUUUAAUCCUGAGCCAAAGAUGUAGCUUUGUUGCAAAAUCUUAUUGUUAGAUUCUAUUGACGAUGUAGUUAUAUCCGCCGAGAAAUUUCCUACAUCUGACGUAUCGAAUAUAUCGGUGGUGUUUUUAGAUUAAACAUCUCACAGAUCGCUUAUUCGUAGACUGGGAUAUGUUCGAGACUAAGGAAGAAUACGACAUUAUGAGAAAGUAUGCCGAAACAGGCAGAUGGUAUGCGCUGAUAUACGGCUCAUUUAUUUAUGUGGGUACUGUUGUAUUUGCAUCAACCGCUCUCGUGCCACGCAUCUUGGAUGUACUGUUUCCAUUGAAUACUUCCCGUCCUAUAUUGCUCCCAUAUCCGGCAUACUAUUUCGUUGACGAAAAUCAAUAUUUCUACUAUAUUUUUUCCCAUAUGUUGAUUACCAGCAGUAUAUGUAUGUCUGGAGUAGUCGCGCACGAUACCACAUUUUUCGUUUACGUCGAACACGUCUGUGGUCUUUUCGCCGUCGUUGGAUUUAGAUUUGGGCAUGUGUCACAUAAACGUAGUACUAUGGAAAAAAAUAUGCUCAAUUAUCCGGGUGCCGUUUAUCACAAGAAUAUUGUGAUUUCGAUUUACGCUCAUCAUAAGGCUUUACAAUUUGCUGAAUUUCUUGAGAGUACUUUUACGAUAUCAUUCGCCGUGCAACUUCUGAUCGUUACAGUUGGCUUGAGUAUUACUUUAGUACAACUCUCGAUACAGCUGCACAAUUUAGCAGAAGCGAUGAGAUACUUUCUCUUCAUUUUUGCUCAAUUGUUUCACUUGUUCUGCUUAAGCUUCCAAGGACAAAAGCUGAUAGAUCACAGCAUCGAAACUUGCGACAAGAUAUAUUGUAGCCCGUGGUAUACCAUACCCGUGAAGGAACAUAGACUGCUCAUGUUCGUGAUGAGAAGAAGUAUCGACGCUAGUGUCUUGACCGCCGGCAAGAUAUUCGUAUUUUCUCUAAGAAAUUUCACCGCGGUCGUGCAAAGCUCGAUGUCGUACUUUACGUUGCUAUCGUCCUUUGACGUGUCAUAAUCGAUACUUAGUGAUUACGCCAGCAUGUAAUAAAGUAUCCCUGAAAUGUUCCACAGAAGUGUAAUAUUGCAAAU